GGCUUCAGUCGUUCGCUGUCUUUCGCUCGUUGCGGUCACUCGUCCCGUAGUGGCGGGUUUUUGUUUUCGAAUAUACCGGCCUAUCUCCCCACCUGUACCGUGGGUGCGUGCAUUGGUACAGGUUCGCGUGUUUCUUGCACCGCUCGGUGGUUGCAAAUGGUAACGCAUGGCCGAAGGGUGCGUUUGCUGAGUGUUUGUGGCCAGGUCGGUUUGUUAUUUCUCGCGUGCAUAUUUCGAAUGCCUUUUUCUUCGUCACAUUUCACGUGCAAUUGGUUUGUUUGUUUGGCGUUAAUGCGAUAAAAAGUAUUUAGUGAAGAAAGUGAAACAAAACAAAAAUAAACCCGCAAAACAACCUUCGCGGUAUCGAACGGUGUCGUUAUUGAGGAAGGAACCGCAAAGCGGUAGUGAACAGCCGACUAGCAAGACAAAAUACUUCCGAAAAUAAAACACUUGCGAGCAGAAGGAACAACAAAACAGAAGCACCAACAGAAACAUACGAGCCGAAACAAUGGUGAACAAACAAUACAACGUCCAUAAUCCGAAGCUGCACAAAUCGAAACCUGGACCGGGUGGUGGUGGUGGUGGAGGUGGUGUCGGAAGUGGUGGCAACAGUGGACACAGCUCCCCGUCCCCGUUGCGUAGCUGCUAUCCGAUCGUUUCCACGCGUCCGACCGGGGCCACCGACGAGGAUGGAUUUUCCGUGGAAAGCGACAGCAACAAUCUGUCCGACCAUCAGUCGGCAACGGGCGGAGGUGGUGCGGGCGGGUAUGGUGUUGGUCACCCACGGCAGCUGCCACCGCCACCUCCUCCACCGACGCAUCGGCAUCGUGGCACACAAAGUACGCAGCCUCCUCAGCAGCAGAAGCCACAGCAGCAGCAGCAGCAGCAGAACAAUUUAAACAUAAGCCGCCGUUCGGCUUCGGCGGAGCUGGUGCGCGAACCGGAGGAGGACGACGAUGGGUUGUACGGGCGUAAUAUUCAGUUCUACAGCGAGGGCCGAGGAGUCGGCGAGGCGGAUGUGGUGGGUGAAAGUGGACAUACCGGACGGUUCGGUCAUGGACAUGGCGGCAAGGAGCUAACCAUCAGCGACAUUGGCCGAUUUCAGUACAUACUGCAGAUGGACCGAGAAGUGGGUACACCUUACAGUGGUUACACGGCGGCUUCCACCGACUGUGCCAACACGCUUCCUUCAUCACCUUCACCCACCUCGCUCGGUAGCAUCCACAACCGGCAAAGUUUCAACUUCUGGAAGGCCGGCUCACAGACGCCCCUGUCCGCUUCAUCCUCCAGCAGUUCCUUCUUUCGGCCAAAUCAACGUUUCCUGCUAUACAAGAUACUCAAAGUGAUCUGGCGCUAUAUCAAGUGGCCACUCGGGUUACUGAUGAUCUGCGGUUUACUAGGGCUGGUGGUGUACUUCCUGGUCGUGGAUCGUGAUAUCAUGAGCAGCGGCUUGUUGGGCGAGGACGGAUACGAGGUGGAUGAGAAUUUGUCGAUCGAUUUUAACGAUUUCACCAGCACGAAUGAUCUGCACUUUGACCAUCGUUUCGCUCAAGGAGGUACCUCCAAGGAGCCUAAAUCAAAGGACCCACAAGGACCAGGUCGAACGGUGGGUAGCAAGUUUUCCUUCGGUUUGGAUAACGACCUGUUGGCGGUGUUCGGUACGCACGCUAAGAAACCUUCCUUUGAGUGGCCUACGACGGCAUCUACGACUCCGUCCGGCACGGAACGUCAGCGUACGGAGAGCGCUAGUGAAGAGCUUCCGGCACUGGUAGUUAAAGUGACCGAUGCGCCAAUACGCAAAACCAGCACCAUCUCGCUGAAGGACUACACGAAGGCACGCGUAGUGUUCGAUGAUGAAGAUUUCCUCGACGCGGAUGACGGUCAAAGCCGUACGCAACAGGCACCGGUGCAUGCGGAAGGCACGACCAAAGCCUACCAGCCAGGAUACUCGACCGAUCCCGCAUCGCCAGCGAUUCAGGUGGGACUCCGAGCCGUCCCGGCACGUGGAACGGAGGUGCGGGGGUUCACCUCCGGCCAUCAGAACAAUUUUGGCGUCCCGAUCGAGGAGGACGAGCGCCUGUUGCGUAAGCUGAACGACCAGCUAAUGCAACUGGAGCACCAGAGAGAAAAAAACAUUACCACUCCAUCGGCCACUACCGACUCAAGUCUCUACCGGACGAAGGUGUCACCGACGUUACCGAUUCUGUCACGCUUUGAGAUCACAACCGAAGGAUUGAAACGGUUUAACAUUUCCGAAGAAGGCAUUUGCCAAUCUACAUCGCUUCCGCUGUGCAGAGGAAUUCUACCGUAUGAUCUUACGGUUUCCACCAAUCGGCAACUUUCUCCACUCGAGUACGAUCACUUCCAGUAUCUGAUCAACUCGAAAUGUUCGGUGCGCGUCGCAGAAUUCGUAUGUCUCGUACUGGAACCGGAAUGUCGACCAACACGCAUGGGAACACUAGCACCGUGCAAGCGUAUUUGCAAAUCUAUUCUGGAGCCGUGUGCCCACAUUAUUGCAAGUUCGGAAGCGUUAACAGCGACUUUCGAUUGUGAUAGCUACCCGGACUCGGACGAUCGUAACGUUUGCGAAGAUCCAACCCGAUUAGGGCAAUGCUAUGCUAACGAGUUCCGGUGUGCCGAUUCUAGCUGUAUACCGCUGCAAUGGAAAUGCGACAACAUUAAGGACUGUCACGGUGGUGAGGAUGAGUCAGACUGCAAGCAGUGCGAACGGGACGAGUAUCGCUGUAUGUCGAAUGACAAAUGCAUCCCGGACAAGUGGCGUUGCGACCAGUACGAAGAUUGUCCGGACGCCUCGGAUGAGCUGGACUGUUACUACGACGAGCCGACGACAUUCCCGACGGCUUACGGUAGCCAACGGGAGUAUCCCUUCGUGCAAGUACAGGUUCCCAACAGUCCGAACGGUCGUCCGUACAUCACGAUCACCAAUGAAGAUCGAUCCCAAUCGGAGGGACACCGACACACCUCCCAGGAAACGGUCCAACCUGGUGCUCGUGAGUACGCGAAUUAUGGCACCUCGGAAGAAGAUGAAGAAGGUGACAAGUAUGAACCGACUGCGGCAGAAAACGCACCCUUCGUAAAUCGCCACCGGAAUCGUACUAAGGAUGAAGACGAUACUGCUGCUGCUGCUGUUGGUGCGGACGAAGAUGCGACUACCACCGUACGAUCGAGUGAAAAACCAAUCGAAGAUCAAACAGAAGCUGAAACAAGCCGCACACUAUCGGUGCCAAAGUCAUUAGUGAACUUUCAGGACAGCAAGGAAAUCAUGAUGACGUCCGAUUCGGAGAAUGAUUUCAAGAUCAGCAGUACCAGCCGAGAUUUUCUAACGACGGCCCAUGUGUCCCCGUGUCCGGAGGGUGAGCUGCGCUGUGUCAGCGGUAUCUGUAUAUCCGUCAAUCAACUGUGCGAUCGGGUCGCUGAUUGUGCCGAUGGAGCGGAUGAAGCUGGAUGUACCUACAAGGAAUAGAGGCAGAUCUUAUCAAUCCGCUAGUGAUGUGUUUGAAUGUGUUUUUUGUAUACUCACUUUCUGCCAGCAAUAUUGUUAAACAAACACUGUGGUUUGAUUUUUUUUAUUGUUGAUUCAUGUAAAAAGCGCAUAUAGGAAUAUCGUUCGGAAGUGCUGCCUUCCCCCAACAGUAAAGAGUAUUAAACAUUUAUUUUAUUCAUUGAAAAACACAUGUUCAAACAUGCCUUCAUCGUGCAGGUGAAUGACGCGGCACUAAGCCGUCAACGUCCACAGCGCCGUUACCAUCAUUAGAAGAUAGGGUCGUUUUUUGUUUUAAAUCACUGUAACGUAAGAUUGUUGCAUUCCCCAUUGUAUGAACAUUGCAAUCGUCAUUGUGCUAGAAGUUAGGAAACGUUUCAUUAGAACACACUUUGCGCUUUGUACAUAGAAGGCACUACUUGACACUCAUUUCAUUAUUAUCGCUUUUGCGAAUCUGUUGUAAAUGUUUUAUCUUUAUCAGUGAAUAAAUACAGUUGAACUAAUAA